UUAUAAAGGGAAAACAAAUCCAUAUUUAACUACAACAACUACCGUUCCACGCCACGUCCCUUCCAUAGAGAUUCUCUGUACUUCAGACAUCGCUAAAUUCUCAAUCUUCCAUCGUCUUCGAUCCAACUUUUUCAGCUCAACAACAAUAAUUGCUUCAAUUAUACCCGCAAUCUUCCUUUUUUUGUUUUUCCAAUUCCCCCUCUCCCAAGUCUCUCUAUGUUCUGUACUCUUUUGAAACCCUAACAUCGUCGGGACUUCUCAAUGGCGGAACCACCGAGAAUUAUCACCGCCGGCGCUGCGGAGACCAACAGCUGCAGUCCGCUGGCGUUGCAGACCAGCUCGCGCUCCGUGACGGAGACGGUGAACGGCUCGCACCGCUUCGUGAUCCAGGGGUACUCGUUAGCCAAGGGGAUGGGGGUGGGGAAGCACAUCGCCAGUGACAAUUUCUCCGUCGGUGGUCACCAGUGGGCUAUCUACUUUUACCCGGACGGUAAGAACCCCGAGGAUAAUUCCGCGUACGUGUCUGUUUUUAUCGCUUUGGCUAGUGAAGGGACGGAUGUUAGGGCUUUGUUCGAGCUCACUCUGAUUGAUCAGAGUGGCAAGGGAAAACACAAGGUUCAUAGCCACUUCGAUCGCUCCCUCGAGAGCGGCCCCUACACGUUGAAAUACCGCGGCAGCAUGUGGGGAUACAAACGCUUUUUCAGGCGAACAUCGCUUGAAACUUCAGAUUAUCUUAAAGAUGACUGUUUGAAAAUUAAUUGUACUGUUGGAGUUGUACGUUCUACAAUAGACUGUUUAAGCUUGCCUUCAAUUCAAGUCCCAGAUUCUGACAUUGGUGCACAUUUUGGCAUGCUUUUGAAUAAUAUGGAAGGCUCUGAUAUUAUUUACAAUGUGGCUGGAGACAAAUUUUAUGCCCAUAAAUUGGUUUUGGCUGCUCGUUCUCCAGUUUUUCACUCACAGUUACUUGAUGUAGCAGAUAGUGAUAAGCAGGAAAUUGUAAUUACUGAUAUGGAACCCAAGGUCUUCAAGGCUAUGCUGCACUUUGUAUAUAGAGAUGCUCUUAUGGAAGAUGACCUGGAAGCAUCUAGCCCUUCAUCCAUUCCUUCUGUAUCUGAUACAUUAACUGCAAAAUUGCUAGCAGCAGCUGAUUGUUAUGAUUUGGGAAGACUCAGGCGGAUGUGUGAAGCUCGUCUCUGCAAAGAUAUCUCUGUGAACACUGUUGCAAACAUUCUUGCUCUUGCUGAUAGUUAUCAUGCCACAGAACUCAAAGCCGUCUGCCUUAGAUAUGCUGCUGAAAAUUUGUCUGCUGUGAUGCAGUCAGAUGGCUUUGAAUACCUAAAAGUGAACUGUCCGUCACUCCAGUCAGAACUUCUGAAGACAGUAGCUGGUUGCGAGGAUGAUUGCAGCAGUGGAGGGGCAAAGUCGCGGAGUGUUUGGGCACAGCUUUCAGAUGGUGGUGAUACCAACGGAAGAAGGGUACGUCAACGAACCUGAUUUACAUAGGAAUCUUAGUUGUUAUUCUUCUGUAUAAUGGGUCAAGAAGAAAUCUUGGGACACGAUAACAGUCUCAUAGAAUGAAUUCAUAGUUUUUGUGAAAGGGGGUAUGUAAUAGCACAGAUGUAUGAUGGUGUUAAAUAGCUGGGCCUGGGGCUAAGUAGUCAAGGUGGGAAGUUUGACACUAGUACCUUAUCUUCUACUGCCUCUGUAAUUAAGGAUAUUGUUUGUUCUUGUUAACUGCUUUCUAUUCUGAGAGAGAUUUCUGCUACCAAUACUGUAAUUAUGUCUUGAACCAUACAUAUCAUUCUAUGUUUUUAAGCUGUUGAACGAGGUUCGUAACUAGAUGUAGCAUGCACGAGUUUUGUUGA